AUGUGUUCUUUGUCUGAAGAAAAAUACAGGAAAGUACAUGCAUUCAAGGGAGCAAAGGAAAUGUGGGACACCCUAGUUGUCACUUAUGAAGGAUCAAAUGAAGGCAAAAGAAACAAGUUGAGCUUGUUAACGUGUGAAUGUGAAUUAUUCACCAUGCUAGAGAAUGAAAGCAUCCAAGCCAUGUUCAACCAAUUUCAAACGAUCUUAAAUGAGUUAAGAUCAUUGGGUAAAAAUUUUAAUAAUUUUGAUAACAUUGACAAAAAUUUUCACAAUCUUUCAAGUCAAUGGAGACCACAAGUCACCACUCUAAGAACCUCAAAGAAGCUUGAUAGGAUGAGCUUAGAGAUACUUAGCGGAAUCCUGAAG